UGACCAUCCCAGAGAAGUCCUUCACUGUCACCUCUCUACAAGGAAGACCCUUCACUCUCACCUCUCUACAAGGAAGACCCUUCACUCUCACCUCUCUACAAGGAAGACCUUUCACUGUCACCUCUCAACAGGAAGACCCUUCACUCACCUCUCUACAAGGAAGAACCUUCACUCUCACCUCUCAACUCAAGGUCCACUUGUCUUACGCUCCGGAGCAUUUCCCCUGAACUGCCAUGAUGAUGAGAAUGAAGCUGACCUUCAUUUUGGCCAUCUUACUUUUUCAACUGACCAUCUCGGUUAAAGGAGGGGGAUCUGCUUCUAAGCCAGCUCAACAGGAAGAUAAACAGGAAGAUAAACAGGAGUAUCAUUUUGGGGAUAUCAUCAAAUUUGAUCGAUUUGCAUUCAACCACUAUGCAAUUUGGGUGGGUGAUAAAGUGUUUGGCAAUCCCAAUAUAAGACAAAAUGGACAAGAUAUUUUUCACUUCCCAGGUGAGAUAGUCUCUACAGUUACAAAAUGUGCAUUUGAUUCACUGGAAGCAGUUAAAGGCAGAAGUACCCCUGUGGUGGACAAUUAUCUAGAUGGAAAAAAAGAUAUCAGAACGGAUGCACAGAUGAUUCAAGAUAUUGUGACCCUGAAUAACGAUUGUGGGAGAUACUUUGUUAUCAAGAACAAUUGUGAGCAUAUUGCCACAACUAUUCGAUACGGUGAGGCUGUCUGCUUACAGCAAGGUUCCAAUAUUAUUACUGAAACUGUGGCGAGAUUCUGCUGUGCCACCAAUAGAGUUGCCGAAACACUCAAGAAGAAUCAGAAGAGGGGGCGUGGCAGAAGAGGUCUUGGUCUCCUGCGUGAUGAAUCGCGCGCCAACCAGGGUGCACCAGCUGCUUGAAUUUCUAAAACCUCUCAGAAGUUUCUCUCUCUUCCAUCCUCCUGUCUCUGUAUGAAGUGAGGUCUAAACCUCUCAGAUGUUCUCUCUCUUCCAUCCUCUCUGUCUCUGUAUGAAGUGAGGUCUAAACCUCUCAGAUGUUCUCUCUCUCUUCCAUCCUCUCUGUCUCUGUAUGAAGUGAGGUCUAAACCUCUCAGAUGUUCUCUCUCUUCCAUCCUUCUCUGUCUCUGUAUGAAGUGAGGUCUAAACCUCUCAGAUGUUCUCUUCCUCUUCCAUCCUCUCUGUCUCUGUAUGAAGUGAGGUCUAAACCUCUCAGAACGUUCUCCUCUUCCAUCCUCUCUGUCUCUGUAUGAAGUGAGGUCUUAAUAAUAAUAAAACAUGAGCAAGAA